GGUAACGGGCGGUGCGUUUCCCGCCGACACUUAGACCGCCAGAUGGCAGCUCAGGAUAAAGCGUCCUCCUCUUGCGCUCUAUUCGCCCCUUUUUUUCCUCGGUCGGCCCGCGAGUUGUUUUUUUUUGAAGGGAGAGUGAGCGAAAAGGCGCGCCGGGGCUUCUCAGCAUAACGGUUGGGGCAGCCCUCCCCAAGCUCGCAGGUUCUGGACUGAACUCUCCCCUGCUGUCCAUCACUCUCUCAUCGAGGGGCCGAGGAGGAUGCUGUAAGGAUGAUUGCAUCAGAAGCCAGCGUUCAGCAAGAGAGCGAGCCGUCGGUGCAGUCGGAUGGGGAGCUGGAGGAGGAGGAGCCGCAGGACUCCCAGCCAGAAUGGGCGGGCGCGGGGCGUGGUCGCAAGCGGGCGGGGCGGGGAGCCCGUGGCGGCACCGCACCGAAGCGCGCGCGUGGUCGGGGGGGCGGCCGUGGCCGAGGGGGGGUUGGGGGGGGCCCCAUCGGGCGGGGUGGUUCCACCAUGGGCCCCCAGGGCCGGGCCAACGGAGUCCACCAGCAGCCACAGAACGGCGAGGUGGAGGCCGUCACGCUCUUCGAGGUCGUCAAGCUGGGCAAGAGCGCCAUGCAGUCUGUGGUGGAUGACUGGAUCGAGUCGUACAAGCAGGAUCGGGACAGUGCCCUGCUUGACCUAAUCAACUUCUUUAUCCAGUGCUCCGGCUGCAAAGGCGUUGUUACUGCGGAAAUGUUCAGGAAUAUGCAAAAUGCUGAAAUUAUUCGGAAGAUGACAGAAGAGUUUGACGAGGACAGUGGAGACUAUCCACUCACCAUGACGGGGCCGCAGUGGAAGAAGUUCAAGUCAAACUUCUGCGAGUUCAUCGGUGUGCUCGUUCGGCAGUGCCAGUACAGCGUCAUCUACGAUGAGUACAUGAUGGAUACGGUCAUCUCGUUGCUCGCUGGCCUCUCGGACUCGCAGGUUCGGGCGUUCCGGCACACGAGCACGCUGGCCGCCAUGAAGCUGAUGACGGCAUUGGUGAAUGUGGCGCUGAAUCUGAGCAUCAACCUGGACAACACGCAGCGGCAGUACGAGGCAGAGCGUAACAAGAACAUUGGAAAGCGUGCCAGCGAAAAGCUUGAGCUGCUCAUGCAGAAGAGGAAAGAGUUACAAGAGAACCAGGACGAGAUAGAAAACAUGAUGAAUGCAAUCUUCAAGGGCGUGUUUGUACACAGAUACAGGGAUGCGAUUGCGGAAAUCCGUGCCGUGUGCAUGGAAGAGAUCGGAGUGUGGAUGAAGUGCUACAGCGAGGCCUUUCUCAACGACUCUUAUCUCAAAUACGUUGGGUGGACGUUGCACGACAAGCAAGGAGAGGUGCGACUGAAGUGCCUCACCACCCUGCAGGGCCUCUACAGCAGCAAGGAGCUCACAGCAAAACUGGAGCUCUUCACCAACCGGUUCAAGGACCGGAUAGUGUCGAUGACACUCGACAAAGAGUACGAUGUUGCUGUGCAGGCUAUCAAGCUCCUCACCCUUAUCCUACAGACAAGCAGCGAGGAGGUGCUUUCGAACGAGGACUGUGAGAAUGUGUACCACCUCGUCUACUCGGCCCACAGGCCUGUCGCUGUGGCAGCUGGAGAGUUCCUCCACCGCAAGCUGUUCAGCAGGCACGACCCAGAGGCAGAGGAGGCACUGGCCAAGAGAAGAGGGCGGAGGAGUCCAAACGGCAACCUCAUCAAAACCCUCGUCUUUUUCUUCCUUGAAAGCGAGUUGCACGACCAUGCCGCCUACCUGGUGGACAGCCUGUGGGAUUGCGCUGCCGAGCUGCUCAAGGACUGGGAAGGCAUGACGGAGCUGCUGCUUGCAGAGCCCACGCAGGGGGAAGAAGCCUUGACCGAAAGACAGGAGAGCGCUCUGAUAGAGAUCUUGCUGUGUACCAUUCGGCAAGCGGUGGAGUGCCACCCACCCGUUGGGCGAGGAACCACGAAACGGAUCCUGACAGCAAAAGAGAAGAAGACGCAAUUGGACGACCGCACGAAGCUGACGGAGCACUUCAUUGUUGUUCUUCCACAGCUGCUCGCCAAGUACGCCGUCGACGCAGAGAAAGUAACGAAUCUACUGCAGAUCCCGCAGUAUUUUGACCUCGAGAUCUACAGCACAGGGAGGUUGGAAAAGCACUUGGAAGCGCUGCUGAAGCAGGUGCACGAGAUUGUGGAGAAGCACGUGGAGGCCGACGUGCUGGAGACGUGCAGCAAGACCUUCCAGGCGCUGUGCAGUGAGGAGUUCGCCAUCCACAACCGCGUGGACAUCGCCCUCUCGCAGCUCAUUGACCAGCAGGUGGACAAGUUCAACCACCUCGUGGACGACAUUGUGCAGGAGGGUGAAGAACCGGAUGAUGAAGAGAUCUACAGCAUACAGGCAACGCUGAAGAGAAUAACAGCCUUCCACAAUGCGCACGACCUGACUCGCUGGGACCUCUUUGGAAGCUGCUAUAAGCUCCUGAGGACAGGAAUUGAAAGUGGAGAUAUUCCUGAACAGGUGGUUGUACAAGCACUUCAGUGCCCGCACUAUAUCAUCCUGUGGCAGCUGGCCAAGCUCUCGGAAGGCACGCCUACAAAGGAUGAGUUUGUCACUCUCAAAAAGCAAGUGAAGGUUUUUUGCCAGCUUUGUCAGCACUACCUCACCAGCGUCAACAUGGCAGUCAAGGAACAGGCAUUCACGCUUCUGUGCGACAUGCUGAUGAUCUUCAGCCAUCAGAUGGUGUCCGGCGGGCAGGAGGCACUGCAGCCACUCGUCUACAACCCAGACGCGUCGUUGCAGGCCGAGCUGCUCAGUUUUGUCAUGGACCACGUCUUCAUCGAGCAGGACGACGAGAGCAUGGAUGGCGAUGAAGAGGAUGAGGCAAACAAAAUCGAGGCACUGCACAAGCGGAGGAACCUGCUGGCUGGCUUCUGCAAGCUUAUCGUCUACAACGUGGUGGACAUGACUGCAGGCGCGGACAUCUUCAAGCACUACAUGAAGUAUUACAAUGACUACGGAGAUAUCAUCAAGGAAACUCUGAGCAAGACGAGACAAAAUGACAAAAUCCAGUGUGCCAAAACGCUCAUCCUCAGCCUACAACAGCUCUUUCACGAGCUGCUCCAAGAGAUGGGCCACAACCUGGACCGGUCAUCGGCAGCUUUCAACGGUGUCAAGGAGCUGGCGCGGCGCUUCUCGCUCACCUUCGGUCUCGAUCAGCAGAAGACGCGCGAGGCUGUGGCGGCAUUGCACAAGGACGGCAUAGACUACGCGUUCAAGGACCUAAACCCCAACGGACCAGCCUACCCGCCGCUCAACCUCCCCUUCCUCGAUGUGCUCAGCGAAUUCUCGUCCAAGCUGUUGCGGCAGGACAAGCGCACCCUCUACGCGUACCUGGAGAAGUUCAUGACGGAGCAGAUGGUGGAGCGGCGCGAGGACGUGUGGCUGCCGCUCAUUGCGUACCGCAACUCUCUGCUCACGGGUGGCGGCGAGGACGACCGCAUGUCCGUGGUGAGCGGCUCCAGCAGCAAAGCGUCGUCGGCGCGCGGAAAGCGCGACAAGGCCGGGCCAGCGAGACGGCGGCACACGGACGAGGAGAGCAACGACGGUUCGUGGAUGGGCGGGCGGGAGGACACUCUGCGGACACCGGGCACCUUCCAGCCGCCCACCAUCACCUCGACGGCGCUGAGGGGAGAGGUGGGGGGGCCCCCGCCGCGGGGCGGGGAGGAGGGGGGCGGCGCUGGCGUGUACCCCGAGGAGCACGACGGCUCGGAGCACGGCUCCGACAUGGACUACAUGCAGGGCGCGCAGAUGUCGUGGAUAGACCCGCAGCGGCCAGCUACCGUGGACGACGGAAAACGGCGAGAGCGCUCCGUCAUCAGCUACGCCAAGCCCAACGCCCGGCCGCCCGUUGCACGUGGUCCCAACUUGAUGGAGGAUGAUGAGGAGCCCAUCGUGGAGGACGUGAUGAUGUCAUCAGAGAGCCGACUUGAAGACCUCAACGAGAACAUGGGCUACUUCGAUGACACAAUGGAUAUCGACUUGCCGGCCUCCAAGAACCGGCGGGAGAGGAACGAGCUGAAACCCGACUUCUUUGACCCCGCCUCCGUCAUGGAGGAUGACAGCGUUUUGGGAGUCUCCAUAUUCUGAGUGUGGUGCAGUACUUGCUGUCAAAGCAAUCUCCCAGCCUCCCUCUCCAGCACCUACCCACCCAGCCGUCUUGAACCCUACCCUCAGCAGAAGAGAAUUUGCAAGUGUUAACGCAAGCAAGUUGGGAGUAUUUAAAACAUGAAAAGGAGAUUAAGAAGAGUUGUGCUAUGGAGAGGUUUAUUGCCUCUCUUGCCUUUUUAACCUGUUAUUUUAUUUUUUUAUUAGUUCCGUGUAACACAGUACUUUAUCCAGAUAAAAGAUCCUCAGGUGUAUCAUAGUCUUAAGGAUGCAUUAUAUAGCCAGCACGUGUGUUUAGAAAAUGGAUCUUUUUUCUUUCGUCAUUGCUUAUAUUUUUUAUUUUGUUUCAUUAUUUUUAUUGCAAGUUGGGAGAGGUGUGUUAGAGUAGCUUGCCAAACACUGUGCAUCUUUUCUCAUUUCUUAUCUUGAGGCAUAAUAAUGUAAGACAUUUGUAAUAAGACUGACCGCUCCACUCAAGCUACACAGGAAUCCUGGAAUGGAUGGAUCCACCUGGCUUCUUGGGCAACGCAAAAACCGAUGAAGCUUUGCGCAUAAAACUAUUGUCUGAUGCUAUAUCGAUUAUAAAUCUUUUUAUGUACCCUGUACGUCGUAAACGUAUAUCUAAUGUGGCAUAAAACAAAAAUGACAAAAAAAAGAUGUUUAACAUGGGAAUUUAAGAUAAAAGUUUUAAAAUGAUUUUUGUAACACUUUGGAAUGUGUUAGUAUGUGUUCCUUGCGUGGAAAAUCAGUUGUAAAUACCCCGAUCUGUGCUGUAGCACACUCCAGUACACGCGCACGCAACAGCAUUUAAUAAAGUCCCGUUUAUAGAGA